GCAGGCUCAGCGGCCAUGGCUCACGGGCCCAGCCCCUCCGCGGCAUGUGGGGUCUUCCCGGACCGGGGCACGAACCCGUGUCCCCUGCAUCAGCAGGCGGACUCUCAACCACUGUGCCACCAGGGAAGCCCUCUUUUUUUAAAAAAAAAUAAAUUUAUUUUUUUGUCUACGUUGGGUCUUCGUUGCUGUGCGUGGGCUUUCUCUAGUUGCGGCGAGCUGGGGCUACUCUUCACUGCAGUGCGUGGGCUUCUCAUUGCCGUGGCUUCUCUUGUUGCAGAGCACGGGCUCUAGGCGCAUGGGCUUCAGUAGUUGUGGCACACGGGCUUAGUUGCUCCGCGGCAUGUGGGAUCUUCGAGGACCAGGGCUCGAAGCCGUGACCCCUGCAUUGGCAGGCGAUUCUUAACCACUGCGCCACCAGGGAAGUCCCGGGAUGGGACACGUGAUUCUGAAGUGUCCCUGCCCCACCCCCAAGGGUACUGGUGGAAAGGCAGUGGGGUGAGUAGGGAAGGAGGAACACUGUUGUUAUUAUUUCAGACUGCAGUUCAGAGAAAUGACGGCUACUUUCUCGUCAUGGGGCUGUGAGCAGGGUUUCUUAGAGGAUGUGGGAAACCGGUCUUGGGGCAGGCAGAGCGAGGUCGGUUUUAUGGACCCAGGAAAAAUCAUGAAGCACCCCCUUCUACCUCUCGUAUCCCUUCUACUUCCUGAGUCAGUCAGUGGCCCUUGACUACACAUUAGAAUCACCUGGAGAGGUGAAAAACACAGCAUCUGGAGACUGAAUUCAGCUGGUCUCCAGUAGAACUUUUUUCUUCAACUCCCCAGAUGGUUCUAACAUGUAGCCAGGGCUGAGGAGGUCUCUGAAGUAAAUGUUUCUUCCUGGACCUCAGGAGGGCUGGAGGCCUGCUUUCUUAGGUUACAAGAUCAUGAGAAUCCUGGGUGUUUCCCUACCAGUGUCCUGACUACCCCCUCCUUUACAGCAAGACAACCUUAGCCCACAACUGUGUUCUUAUUUAACAGCUGGGAGAGCAGGCCUGGAGGAGUUAGAGAACUUUCCCAGUGUGUCCCCAAGACCUCACGGAUGACCACCACAGUCAUAAUUUCUCUGUUCUAAAGAAAUGACUUCUCCCCGCCCUAUGUACCAUCCCGUGUACCUUCUUGGACACACCCUAUGCAACUAGGGGAAGGAAUUUAGAACUUGGAAUCAGAAGGCCUGGAUUUGAAUCCUGGUUCUGCCACGGGUGUUCUUGGACCCCAUUCAAGAGCUGGUUAUAAUAAUCCCUUUAGGUGUGGAGAUGGAACAGAGAACAUUCUUUGGAAACCUUAAGAUGCCUUGCAAACUGUUAACCUCUGUGGAGCAGUUAUCUCAUCAGCAUGUCACGACCCAGGGCUGUGUUCUAAAUGGGGGGAUGGGGGAGGGGAGAGAGAACAAACUAGUUCAGAUUUAGGAAAGGGCGAGGUUGGCUGCCUCCUUUCUCUCCCCAGGAUGAGUUUGGGCCUUGCGGGGAGCCUCGGGCCAUCUCCUCUCCUUAUACCCCAAACAGUGGGUCCUUAAUCCUUUCUUCUGGCCACGGGUGGGUGAAGGAUAAGGACUAAAGCAAUCUGGGCACGGGGUUAGUGUGGUGGCCAUCCUGGCAUCUCUAUUCUCCCUUCCUGGAGGCUGGUGGCCUCAUUCCCUCUGUGGGUCCCCCUAGUGUGCUGUCUUCCCCCCAAGGCCUUCUGUGGGAGGGGAGCCUUCCCCAUGGGUUUACCCUGCCCAGCUGGGCGUGGCCCCCGGCUGCUCCUGGGGGUGUGGCCUGUUGGGUCCUCCUGGGUGUUGAGGAGGCCCCAGAGAGCCCCCCAUCCGCAAGGGGGAGGCAGCUUGUGUGACACCCCCUCCCUCACAGUGAGUGACUUUGUUUCGAGCUCAAGGUAAGGAAUGAGAGGUCUGGGUUGGACAAGUGGCUUCCGUGUCCCAGGCCACCUUCCCUCUCAGCUACCUGCUGUCUCCCUCCUCCUUUCUGGACGUGCUUGUCUGGUGGCGUGGUUGGCAGGUGCCAAAUGGCACCUGCCCUCCCAGUGACCCAUCCAAGAGAUGCUAGAGAUGGCUGUUCCCGGAUAGGCUUCCUUUGAGGGAGGGGUAGCAGGGAGGAGGUGGGGCCCGGCUGGGGCUUAGUGCCCUUCCCUGUGCCUUGCUGCCCGGCCGGUAGGCAGCUGCACCCCUGCAGGGGUCCUCCACCCUGGGGCUGAGUGUGGGACCUUGGAGGGGCACGUCCUUCCCUCCAAGCCUGUUUCCAAACCUGUGAAUAAGAGGAGAAUACCAGACCCCCAGGACUGCGGAGCCCAUGUGGAUGGAAAGGCUAGCAGUGUGCCGUCUGGACGGAGGCGGUUCCUGAGGGAGCACGCGGCCCCCUUCUCUGCCUUCCUCACCGACAGCUUCGGCCGGCGCCACAGCUACCUGCGGAUCUCCCUCACCGAGAAGUGCAACCUCAGAUGUCAAUACUGCAUGCCCGAGGAGGGUGUCCCUCUGACCCCCAAGGCAGACCUGCUGACCACAGAGGAGAUCCUAACCCUGGCCCGCCUCUUUGUGAAAGAAGGUGUAGACAAGAUCCGACUCACGGGCGGGGAGCCGCUCAUUCGGCCGGACGUGGUGGACAUCGUGGCACAGCUCCACCAGCUGGAAGGGCUGAGGACCAUUGGCGUCACCACCAACGGCAUCAACCUAGCCCGGCUGCUGCCGCAGCUUCAGGAAGCUGGCCUCAGUACCAUCAACAUCAGCCUGGACACGCUGGUACCAGCCAAGUUUGAGUUCAUCGUCCGCAGGAAAGGCUUCCGCAAGGUCAUGGAGGGCAUCCACAAGGCCAUUGAGCUGGGCUACAGUCCUGUGAAGGUGAACUGUGUGGUGAUGCGAGGCCUGAAUGAGGACGAACUCUUGGACUUCGUGGCCUUGACCGAGGGCCUUCCCCUGGACGUGCGCUUCAUAGAGUACAUGCCCUUUGAUGGCAACAAGUGGAACUUCAAGAAGAUGGUCAGCUAUAAGGAGAUGCUGGACACCCUCAGGCAGCAGUGGCCGGAGCUGGAGAAGCUGCCGGAGGAGGAAUCCAGCACAGCCAAGGCCUUUAAAAUCCCUGGCUUCCGAGGCCGAGUCAGCUUCAUCACGUCCAUGUCUGAGCAUUUCUGUGGGACGUGCAACCGCUUGCGAAUCACAGCUGACGGGAACCUCAAGGUCUGCCUCUUUGGGAACUCAGAGGUAUCUCUACGGGAUCACCUGCGGGCAGGGGCCUCUGAGGAGGAGCUGCUGCGCAUCAUUGGGGCUGCCGUGGGCAGGAAGAAGCGGCAGCAUGCAGGCAUGUUCAAUAUUUCCCAGAUGAAGAACCGGCCCAUGAUCCUCAUCGAGUUAUUUUUGAUGUGCCAAGAUUCCCCACCAGCCGUUCCAAGCAUCUCCUUCAGGGACUCGCUCCAUGUUCAGGGUCUGAGGCACAGAGUGAGUUUCUCCAGCCAGACGGUGACUUUGUGGAAAGGGGGCUGGCCCCCCCAGGUCCCUCGCCUCGCCCAGCGGUGGCUGGCAUCUGGGCUCCCUCAGAGACAUUACAGUUCCCACCUCGACUCAGAUGCCAACCCAAAGUGCCUUAGCCCAGAGCCCCGGGCUCCUGCCACCCCAUCAGGACCUCUGCCCACCUCAGACCAACUGACCCACGUGGACAGGGAAGGACAGGCGGCUAUGGUAGACGUGGGUGGGAAGCCAGACACAGAGCGGGUGGCCAUGGCCUCAGCCGUGGUCCUCCUGGGGCCUGUGGCCUACAAGCUCGUCCAGGAGAACCAGCUAAAGAAGGGAGACGCCCUGGUGGUGGCCCAGCUGGCAGGCAUCCAGGCGGCCAAGCUGACCAGCCAGCUGAUCCCGCUGUGCCACCACGUGGCCCUGAGCCACGUCCAGGUGCAGCUGGAGCUGGACAGCACACGCCACGCCGUGGUGGUCCGGGCAUCUUGCCGGGCUCGGGGCCCCACUGGGGUGGAGAUGGAGGCCCUGACCUCCGCUGCCGUGGCUGCCCUCGCCCUAUAUGACAUGUGCAAGGCUGUCAGCAGGGACAUCGUGUUGGCGGAGAUCAAGCUCGUCAGCAAGACCGGGGGUCAGCGGGGGGACUUCCAUCGGACGUAGAGUUCCUGCCCCCUCUCACCCCUGGCCCAGCGAGGUCAAGAGACGGGAUGAGAUUUCAGCCAAGGGAAAGAUGUCAAGUUCCUUUCACCCCGCCACCAGUUACCUUCAACCGGUAGGAACCCCAGGUCAGCCCACCCCUCUACUGCUCGAUGACCUACCCUGACCUGCGAGGUUUCCUUUCUUCCGAGAGGAAACCAGCAGGCCCGUCAGCCUUCCUGGACCCUAACUAAGGUUGUGGGAGGGGGCUGGCCGCAGCAAGCAAGGCUAGAUAACCCCCGAAUCACACUGAGUGACUUGUGGACUCUCUCCGACAAUUGAGCCCAUAACCUCCCCUUCCCUCUUGGGUUUUCUCUUCUCCUUCCUUCCCCGGGAGGGAACCAAGGGCUCCCAAGCAGGGGCCUCGUGGGCCACAGCCCUGAGGCCUCCUGACCAAGCACACCUCCCACACCUGCCCCGCGCACGGCCUUUCCACCUGCACCCCUUCGUCCUGGGACACACCAGGGGAGGAGGAGCAAUGGAGCUUGCCUUCACCCACACGGUGCACCAAAUAAAGCCACGAUGCCCAUUUGGGGGAUGCAAGAAUGAGGACUGUGUCUGUGCCGAGGGCACCGAGCCGCCGUGAUGGCAGGCCCACCCCCAACCCAACGCCCCCUGGGGGAAGAGGAGCAGGAGAGACGCUGGAAAAGCAAAGGGGCGUGUUCUCCGUGCACCCCGCCUUCCCUGGGGGAGAAGGCAGGAGUGGAGAGGGAGGCCCCGAGAUGCAGCAUCUCCAGUAGCACUGUCAGCUACUAUGGUCCCACCCCCAGAAAAGAUAGGCAGCUGAAGAGUGGGCCCAGCCCACCAGUCUGUCCACUGGCAAUAACCCUGAGCUGGAGGAGGAGGUCAGAAGAAAAUUUGUGUAGAUACCAGCCAUCAUCCUGCCCCAGAAGGACAGCUCCUGGUGGACAGAAUGAAGAUCCAUCAAGUACCUGAUAGUGAGCCCUAGUCGUGGGAACCCAAAGGGCACCCUGAGCCUCCCGCUGCCCACGCGCUCUCCACUCCCUCAGCCUUGCUCAGGGCCAGGCCCCAGCAGCACCCUCACCAUGGCCUCCAUGCGCGCCCGUCGUUCCUCCUCCUCCUUCCUUCUCCGCAUGGCCUCCAGGUCCUGCCGGGCCUCCGAGAAGGCCUGCAGGAAGGUGUCGAAGAUGCCGAAGAAUUCAUCCGGCUGCAUCUUGCUGUCCUGCUCCCCAAAGUGCAUCAGGGCCUUGGAGAACUGUUGAAGAGAAGGGUUGGUGGAGAGUCGCCCCCGAGCCUGGUGGGCAGUUGAGUUCCAGCCAGAGCAGAGCUCAUCCAGCUGGGCAACCCUGGGCAAGUUACUUAACGUCUGUGGAUCUCAGUGCACGUAUCUGUGGAAUGGGAUAAUAGCCUUUCAACAAACCCAGAAGGAGUGAGGAAACCCUUUCUCCUCAAAGCUCUGUGCCUCUGGGUGUGUCCCUUCUGGGCCACCUGUGCUCUGAGAAGCUGAAGCUGGAGACCGUGAUGAAGUCGCUCAUGACCGGGACAAACCUGUCCUUUGGAUCCCACGCCUGGCGUUUCUGAUAUUCCAGCUCCUGAGGAGGGAGAGCCAAGUGCUGGUCAGACCAGUGCCAGGACGAGAGUCAGGAAUGCUGGGACUCACCACGUCCUCCACCCUCCUUGCCAAUCGCAGGACACUGAGCCUUUCUUUGGAAGAGGGUACACCCUGGGUCUCAAAUUCUAAGGGUGGCAAAGAUUGUGAGGUAUCAACCAGUACCCCCUGCCUCUAUGCUUCCCUCGCCCCCGCUGCCAUAUUUCUUUCUCUAGAUCCUGCUACCCAAAGCGUGGUCUGGGACCAGCAGCGUGAAAUUUUAAGAAGCAGGCUCUCAGGCCCCACUCAGAAUUAGAAUCUGCAUUUUAACGAGACCCUUGGGUGAUUUGUGUGCCGAUUAAAGUGUGAGAUGCAUUUCCAAAUCUCCCAGUUGAUGCGAUGCUGCUGGUUCAUGGACCACGGACCACAUUUUGGGUAGCACUUUAAAGGGCUAUAAAUUAGAAAGCAGCCCCCUGCCCCAUCCCCCCACUGCCAUAAUGGCAACAAAAGGUUCCUUCUCAUACUUCUUUCUCUAAGCCCGUUAUCCCCUUAACCGCCUCCCCACAUACGCCCAGUGAAGAUGAGAAGGCCCUCUAGUUCCUAGAUGGGAACAAAGGAGUGGGCCCCCUCCACACUGGGCUAGAGACAGUAUCAUCUGAGAAGCCCUUAGAUCAGGAAUAGUAGAGAUCUGGGUCUCCAGCAAAGAAAAAAGUAUAGCCCCUGGGUCCUCUACUGGCCCAGGCAGGAGGUGAAGAGACAUAAGAACUUCUGGGGACAGUGGUCCCAGUGUCACACUAGGUGUUACCGGCCCUAAGUCAGCUUCCAAGGCAUGCAGAUCCUCUGUCCCAUCGAUUUGAAUCAGUCUUAAACGUGGCAGAUUUCUCAUUCACUCCGCUCCACUGUACAGUGAUAGGCUACAGUCUCAGAUGGAUGUCUCCUAUUCGGAGUCUAAAUUUAAGCCUUGGGUAGUUCAGUUAUCCUUUCCUGAGCACUCACUCUAUGCUACAGGCUGUACCUGCUGUGUCAGCUGUUCUGUCGCCCCAGCCAGGAGCUUUGGGUCACAGACAUGCAUCAGACAGGGUCUGCAUCUGGGGGGGGGUCCACCCUCUGGCCCAGUGACAGGCAGCAAACACAGGCAGCAUCCCCUCAAACCCAGGCAGGCAUAGAUGAUGUACUCACCACCUCGACUGCUCUGAGGCCCCUCCUGAGGUUGCCCACCUCCUUCUCCAGCUCUGCCAGGCUAUGGGGGGCGGGGGGACAGAGAGGGAGGGAGAGGAGCUAGGGUUAGUACAAGGCAGAGCAAACCCCAAUGGCUUUGGGAGUCAGUGCACCCGGGUUCCAGCCCUGCUUUGGCUAUUAACAUGUUGCCCUGGCAAAUCACCUCCCCUCUGUGCUCUGUCUGUGCUUCUGUAAAAUGAUGGGUGAAACUUAUGUCCUAUAGAUCCUUCUAGAUCGGAAAUGUCAUGCUGCAUAUUGGAAGGUUUCCAACACAUGGCCUCUGGCUUGGAUUUAUUUUUAUUACCAUCAGAUGCUUCUAUCGGCCUAUAUACGUUCAGGUCUGACUUCUCGCCUGUAGCAGAUGCCCCGGGAGCCCGCCACCCCACCCCCGCCAUCUCCUUGGACCAUCCGUUGUAGUGGACAGCCCUGACUUCCAACCACUGAGCACUUUUUCUGCGGGCCAGAGCAUUACUGCCCACCCCCAGCCAGUGAGUGACAGGAGAUGGUAGAUGAUGCCCAUCUUACCCCUUGUGGGGAUAAUGGAGCGAGUGUCCUACACUGUCUCCCACACUCUGCAGAGGCAGGAUUAAGCUCUGAUCGCCUGCAGUGGCGCUCCCACGCUGCCCUUUGUUCAUGAAGUUGCCGAUGGCCAGGACGACCUCUAGCAUCUGCGCUAGACGCUUGCUGCGGAUCAGCUCCCGGGAGGCCAGCAGGAUGGCUGGGGGAGGAGGGACAGGUGAUGAUGCCACCACAAAGUCCAGAAAAGGCGCCGUUAAGUGUCAGCUUCAGAGGGGCAGAGGCUGUGCCCACAGCCCAGCAGACGAUCUUCUCCAGAUCUACCUGCCUCCAGGGGAAGCAAACUCGCCAAAAGCCAAUUCACCAAAUAACCCUUUCUCAAAACGUGCCAACUCUUCCUAAGACUAUAUUGGAGAAUGUAUCAUCUUUCCUUGCGUAUAUUUAGACUCUUAACAUAUUCUUUCUGUGGAUAUAUGCAAGAAUAUAAUACUUUGGGCUUCCCUGGUGGCACAGCGGUGGAGAAUCCACCUGCCAAUACAGGGGACACGGGUUCGAGCCCUGGUCCGGGAACAUCCCACAUGCCGCAGAGCAACUAAGCCGGUGCACCGCAACGACUGAGCCUGCACUCUAGAGCCCGUAAGCCACACCUACUGAACCUGUGUGCCACAACUACUGGAGCCUAUGUGCCUAGAGCCCAUGUUCCGCAACAAGAGAAGCCACUGCAGUGAGAAGCCCUCGCUCGCCGCAACUAGAGAAAGCCCGCACACAGCAACAAAGACCCACGCAGCCAAAAGCAAAUAAA